AUGGGCGUCUUCUCCUUCUUGCGCAAGGUGUACGACAUCGACACCCUCGAUACUCGAUUCAUGACUUCGUCCCGCGUCCCCUACCAGACAGUGAUUGAGGCCCGUAGCGAUCCUCAUGCCGUCAAGGAUGCUGCCGAUAAGGCGCGAGCCCUGGCGCCUCCCGCAAAAUGGCAAACGCCAGAGUUUUAUCUGUAUUAUAUUGUGUUUUUGUGGGCUGUGCCCUACAUGUUCUGGGUUGCGUAUAGUGUCUCACGACCCUCCGAUCCUCGAUAUCACAAGUACGCACGGUUUCUCUCCGACGGCUGGAUUCCCGGCCGUAAAGUCGAUGUUUCCGACGCACAGUAUCACACGUUUCGAGGCAACUUGCCCUACUUGGCUGCCCUGCUAAUUUUCCAUCCACUGCUCCGAAAGUUCUGGGAAUCAGUAUGCAGCGGCAGCAACCGCAACAGGAGCCCUCAAGGCUCUGUACGGCUCGAGCAGCGGGCUGUGUUCGACUUUAUGUUUGCACUUUUAUUCUUGGUCGUUCUGCACGGCAUUUCUGCAUUCAAGGUCCUCGCUAUUCUGUACAUGAACUUUCAGAUGGGGCGGAAAUUUCCACCCAAGUACGUGCCUAUUGGCACUUGGAUAUUUAACAUUUCAAUUCUGUUUGCGAACGAGCUUUGUGAUGGCUAUCAGCUGCGAAGCGUAGCAAGUCACUUCUCGCCACCGGUCAAAGUUGGUUCGACUGGGCAAGCGACUGAUUCUCACCUGAUGCAGACGGGGGCGUGGCUGGAUGGGUUUGGAGGCAUCAUGCCGCGGUGGGAGGUCUUGUUCAACAUCACAAUUCUCCGGCUGAUCAGCUACAACAUGGAUUAUUAUUGGAGUAUUGCUAACAAUGCUUCCAGCUCGUUGGAGGUAAGUCCAUAUGGAGCUGUCUGUUCAUUUCCACCCCGCAAGUCCGCUGAUAAACACAAGAAGAAACAAGUGGACAUGGCCAACCUGUCUGAGCGGGAUCGCAUCAAUCUAUCGGCUGAUGCGGCCGACUAUUCGUUCCGUAAUUACGUCGCAUACGCCAUAUACGCGCCGCUGUAUCUGGCAGGGCCUAUUCUCACCUUCAACGAUUACGUCUCCCAGCUCAAGUUCAAAGCAGCCAGUAUCGAGAAAUCACGUACAAUUCGGUACGGCGUUCGAUUCUUGCUGGUUCUGCUGGUCAUGGAGCUCAUCCUGCACUUUGACUACGUCGGUGCCAUAAGCCUGGCGAAGCCCGUUUGGGGAGAUUAUUCCGCCGCCCAACUUAGCUUGCUCUCCUUCUUCAACCUCCAUAUCAUCUGGUUGAAGCUGCUCCUACCAUGGCGACUAUUCCGUCUGUGGGCGCUGAUGGACGGUAUCGACCCGCCUGAAAACAUGGUUCGCUGCGUGAGCAACAACUACAGCACGCAACUCUUCUGGCGCGCGUGGCACCGAUCAUACAACCGAUGGCUCAUCCGAUAUCUGUACGUGCCUCUUGGCGGUGCGUCCUUCCGCAACUGGGCCGCAGCAGUUCAGUCAACAGUCACGUAUCUGUGUGUGUUCACCUUUGUCGCGCUGUGGCAUGACAUCCAGCUCCGUCUCCUCAUCUGGGGCUGGCUGAUUGUACUGUUCAUGGUGCCGGAAUGGACGGCGGCGUUCUUGUUUCCAAAAAGGAAAUGGGAGAGCCGUCCUACCGAGUAUCGCAUGCUGUGCUGUGUGGGUGCUGUUGCGAAUGUGCUCAUGAUGAUGGCGGCCAACCUGGUUGGUUUCGCGGUAGGCUUGGAUGGGCUGCAGAGCAUCGUUGCAGGUAUAUUGCAUGAAUGGUCGGGCGUCUUGUUUCUGGUGGUGGCCUGUGCCUGCCUAUUCGUGGGUGUCCAGGUCAUGUUUGAGAUUCGCGCAUCGGAGACGCGCAAGGGUGUGACACUGAAGUGCUGA